CCCGUUAGGUGGCGCCCAAGGGGAGGGGACAGCCGGGCAGGCAGGAAGCUGCGGCUUAAAAGGGCAACCCGCGCCGGACCCUUCCUUCCUAGUCGCGGGGAGUCUGAGAAAGCGCACCUGUUCCGCGACCGUCACGCACCCCUCCUCCGCCUGCCGCGAUGUACCGCUACCUGGCCAAAGCGCUGCUGCCGUCCCGGGCCGGGACCGCUGCCCUGGGCUCCGCGGCCAACCACUCGGCCGCGUUGCUGGGCCGGAGCCGCGGACAGCCCGCCGCCGCCUCGCAGCCGGGGCUCGCAUUGGCCGCCCGGCGCCACUACAGCGAGUUGGUGGCCGACCGCGAGGACGACCCCAACUUCUUCAAGAUGGUGGAGGGCUUCUUCGAUCGCGGCGCCAGCAUCGUGGAGGACAAGUUGGUGAAGGACCUGAGGACCCAGGAGAGCGAGGAGCAGAAGCGGAACCGGGUGCGCGGCAUCCUGCGGAUCAUCAAGCCCUGCAACCAUGUGCUGAGUCUCUGCUUCCCCAUCCGGCGCGACGACGGCUCCUGGGAGGUCAUCGAAGGCUACCGGGCCCAGCACAGCCAGCACCGCACGCCCUGCAAGGGAGGUAUCCGUUACAGCACUGAUGUGAGUGUAGAUGAAGUAAAAGCUUUGGCUUCUCUGAUGACAUACAAGUGUGCAGUGGUUGAUGUGCCGUUUGGGGGUGCUAAAGCUGGUGUUAAAAUCAAUCCCAAGAACUAUACCGAAAAUGAAUUGGAAAAGAUCACAAGGAGGUUCACCAUGGAGCUAGCAAAGAAGGGCUUUAUUGGUCCUGGCGUUGAUGUGCCUGCUCCAGACAUGAACACAGGUGAGCGGGAGAUGUCCUGGAUUGCUGAUACCUAUGCCAGCACCAUAGGGCACUAUGAUAUUAAUGCACACGCCUGUGUUACUGGUAAACCCAUCAGCCAAGGGGGAAUCCAUGGACGCAUCUCUGCUACUGGCCGUGGUGUCUUCCAUGGGAUUGAAAACUUCAUCAAUGAAGCUUCUUACAUGAGCAUUUUAGGAAUGACACCAGGGUUUAGAGAUAAAACGUUUGUUGUUCAGGGAUUUGGUAAUGUGGGCCUACACUCUAUGAGAUAUUUACAUCGUUUUGGUGCUAAAUGUAUUGCUGUUGGUGAGUCUGAUGGGAGUAUAUGGAAUCCAGACGGUAUUGACCCAAAGGAACUGGAAGACUUCAGAUUGCAACAUGGGUCCAUUCUGGGCUUCCCCAAGGCAAAGCCCUAUGAAGGAAGCAUCUUGGAGGUCGACUGUGACAUACUGAUCCCAGCUGCCACUGAGAAGCAGUUGACCAAAUCCAACGCACCCAGAGUCAAAGCCAAGAUCAUUGCUGAAGGUGCCAAUGGGCCAACAACUCCAGAAGCUGACAGGAUCUUCCAGGAGAGAAACAUUUUGGUUAUUCCAGAUCUCUACUUGAAUGCUGGAGGAGUGACAGUAUCUUACUUUGAGUGGCUGAAGAAUCUAAAUCAUGUCAGCUAUGGCCGUUUGACCUUCAAAUAUGAAAGGGAUUCUAACUACCACUUGCUCAUGUCUGUUCAAGAGAGUUUAGAAAGAAAAUUUGGAAAGCAUGGUGGAACUAUUCCCAUUGUACCCACGGCAGACUUCCAAGACAGUAUAUCGGGUGCAUCUGAGAAAGACAUUGUGCACUCUGCCUUGGCAUACACAAUGGAGCGUUCUGCCAGGCAAAUUAUGCACACAGCCAUGAAGUAUAACCUGGGAUUGGACCUGAGAACAGCUGCCUAUGUCAAUGCCAUUGAGAAAGUCUUCAAAGUGUACAGUGAAGCUGGUGUGACUUUCACAUAGAUGGAUCGUGGCUGACUUCCUCACUAACCUCUUCACGUGUAACUUCUGCAGACCUAUCGCAAGUUUACAUGUAACCACAGAAAUCCCUUUCUCUCCUGACUCAUUACUAAUGGAUACCAUUCUCAACAAGUCAAUCCAAAUCAGCCCGUUAAGGAGAAAGAAAUUAAUAUACAAGCUGAGUGUGAAAGUAGAAAUCACCUACACUAGAGAGCUAUUUUGGUAUUUUGCCUUUAAAUAAAAAGCCUCCUCCAUCUGGCUGUGCAGCCUUGCUCUGUGGCUUUUCCCAGCACAAUCAGUGCUAGUGCUGGGGAAGGGACAGUCAAGAGCAGUCAGUUGCUUACUUAUUUUGCUCUGGAUGAGUCUGGGACACGCUGUAACUUUAACACAUUUAAGAAGAAGGUGUGUGGCCUUUUCAGAAGGUGGCAUGGUCCUCAAGUGAGUUCUUAGUAUUUUAUAUCAGCAAAAUAACUCAAUUUUGCAGGUGGCAAACAAAUAUAAAAGCUGUUUCUGUUUAUGAAUUUUAUUCUUUUAGAAUAGAAUAAGUACAUGCUGCUGUAAUAAAAUUGCCUUUAAUCACUUAACAAGCCUAAUCUUGACUCAGUGAAUGCCUAUAAAAAUAAUAAAUGAAAAAAACCAGUAUUUUUAUAUCAUAAAAGUUUCAUUUGUAGCUUAUCAUUCAUGUAUUGUUGUCCAGCAAACAUUAAAAGCCCUGUGGAUAAUUACGUUAUCUUCAUACCUGCAAAACGGUGGAGGCUAUUUUUGUUAAAACUGUCAGAAUGUGCUGUUAUAAUUAUGACACAUAGUCCAAAGAAUGCAGUAACCUUUUUAUCAUGUUAACUAAUUGUUCUCUUUUGAAGAUCUAUGGUUGACUAAUUAAACAAUAAUUCAAGUAGAGUGUCCCAGAAAAAAACCACUUGGGCUCCCUGUUUGGAGUCUGGCUGGCUCUGAGCAUUGCCAAUGGCCCCUACUCACAUGACUUUGUAUCCUCUCCUUUUAGAGGCUUUGCAUUCUGCACCCAGCUUCACUAACAGUGGGCUGAAACCAACCUUGGGUUGAGUGUUUCAUUUGGGAGUUAUUUGGCCAGGGCCUUUUGAACAAUAGUGUCCCCAUUGAAGUGCUAGAUAAUAUAUGUGUAAGAAUCAGCUUUUUUUUUUUUAACUAUAAUACCCUUCAGAAAUUUCUAACUACUUUGUAACUGCAUGGCUUAACCUGGUGAUAAAAGCAGUUAUUAAAAGUCUACAUUUUCAAAAAAAAAAAGAAUAGAACAAAUAAUGGGAGCAUUGGGUUGACCUUUGCAAAUUAUCUAGUUUUAUUUACCUAUUUUACACAGGAGAAGACUGAGAGAAGGGAGGAGUAACUUGCUGUAGUUCAGACAGCAACUUAUUUCAAAGCUGGUGCUAAAACCUAGAGUGAACUGGUACUUCUCCAUUUCUGAAGGAAAUGCAGAAGAAACAGAAGCAGAAAGACAACAUUUUGGCCUGGACGUAUUUGACUUAAAGAUGACUCCAUUUUUGAACUUUAUUUCUUGGAAUAGAGUGUCUUCUAAAUUUAAACUGAUCCAACUUUCACAAAAUUGGGCAGUUAGAAGUCACAGAGGGAAUUAGCAGCUGUUGUUAUAAGAAAAAGCAAAGGGAUUGUUGCCAGACUUCAUAAAUCUUGGCAUAUUUGAGAAAAAUGUCCCAAUUUGUUACAUAUGCUCAUUCAUGUGUGUAAACCUUUGGUUAUAGUGCUUUGUCAAUAUAAAUAUGUUUUACAUUAUAAA